CGCGGGGUCCCGGAGCCUCCAGGCGGGUGGGAGGGGCGGGAGCGAAAGUUGCAGGUUUGGGAUCCGGCGGCCGGGGCGAUGGAGCUGGGUCCCGCCGCGUCCCCCGGGCCUUCCCGCUCUUUCAAGGAGGAGCUGCUCUGUGCCGUCUGCUACGACCCCUUCCGCGACGCCGUGACUCUGCGCUGCGGCCACAACUUCUGCCGCGGGUGCGUGACCCGCUGCUGGGAGGUGCAGGUGGCGCCCACCUGCCCAGUGUGCAAGGACCGCGCGGCCCUCGCAGACCUGCGCACCAACCACACCCUCAACAACCUGGUGGAGAAGCUGCUGCGUGAGGAAGCCGAGGGCGCGCGCUGGGCGGGCCACCGCUCCCCGCGCCUCUGCCGCCCGCACCGCGGCCAGUUCAGCCUCUUCUGCCUCGACGAUAAGGAGCUGCUGUGCUGCUCGUGCCAGGCCGACCCCCGGCACCAGGGGCACCGCGUGCAGCCAGUGAAAGACACUGCCCACGACUUUCGGGCCAAGUGCAGGAACAUGGAGCACGCGCUGCGGGAGAAAGCCAAGGCCUUCUGGGCCAUGAGGCGAUCCUACGAGGCCAUUGCCAAGCACAAUCAGGUGGAGGCUGCCUGGCUGGAAGGGCGAAUCCGGCAGGAGUUCGACAAACUUCGCGAGUUCCUGCGAGUGGAGGAGCAAGCCAUCCUGGACACCAUGGCCGAGGAGGCGAGGCAGAAGCAGCGUCUGGUGGAGGAGAAGAUGAAGCGGCUGGCGGAAGACACCGAAGCCCUGGCCCAUGAGAUUGAGCGGCUACAGGUGGAGAUGAAGGAGGAUGAUGUUUCUUUUCUCAUGAAACACAAAAGCCGAAAACGCCGCCUCUUCUGCACCAUGGAGCCAGAACCGGUCCAGCCCGGCAUGCUCAUCGACAUCUGCAAAUAUCUGGACUCCCUGCAGUACCACGUCUGGCGGAAGAUGGUCACAUCUGUUGAAUCUGUGCCCUUCAGCUUUGAUCCCAACACUGCGGCCGGCUGGCUCUCUGUGUCCGAUGACCUCACCAGCGUCACCAACCACGGCUACCGAGUGCAGGUGGAGAACCCGGAGCGCUUCUCCUCGGCGCCCUGCCUGCUGGGCUCCCGCGUCUUCUCCCAGGGCUCCCACACCUGGGAGGUGGACCUGGGGGGGCUGCCGAGCUGGCGGGUGGGUGUGGUGCGGCUGCGCCAGGACGCCGGCGCCGAGGGCCACUCGCACAGCUGCUACCAUGACACCCGCUCUGGCUUCUGGUACGUGUGCCGCACGCAGGGGGUGGACGGGGACCACUGCGUGACCUCAGACCCGGCCACGUCACCUCUGGUCCCGGCUAUCCCUCGCCGCCUGCGCGUGGAGCUGGAGUGUGAGGAGGGCGAGCUGUCCUUCUACGACGCUGAGAGCCACUGCCACCUCUACACCUUCCACGCCCACUUCGGGGAGGUGCGGCCCUACUUCUACUUGGGGGGCGCGCGGGGGGACGGGCCCCCCGAGCCUUUGCGCAUCUGCCCCCUGCGCAUCACUGUCAAGGAGGAGCUGGAUGGCUAAGGCCAGCCCGGAGCCUGCCCUGCGCCGCCUGGGACUUGGGUCAUGGUCCUGCUUCCUUUGUGUCCCUCUUCUCCAAGCCGUGCUCACCUCAGUACCUCUGAGCCGUCCGCCUCCUUGCCAGGGUCUGCCUGCUGACCAGUCCUGCCCUCUUCCUGUGGCUCCAGGCCCCACGCCACCUCCUUCGUUUCUGAAGUCAUCCAGGGGACACCUCACCCCCCGAGUCCUGGCCCCUGGAUGUGAGUUUUCUAACUCCGAAUUCCAGGAUGUCUGGGGAUGACGUUUGCUUCUAGAGGAAUGGGCCCGUUUUAGUAUGUGGGUUUUCUUAUCUGGGUAUGGUGAGGCUGCAAUGGGAAAGAGUUGGUUAUUUACAGUUCCCAAGAAGAGGGCGCCACCACGUGGGCUGGGGGAGCCACCAGGGAAGCACCAGGCCCCUUAGGAAGCAGAAGGAGUUGAGGAAGCACCAGGCAGGAGACUUUGUUGUGGUUUUAGUGACAGAACAGGCUUGGUGGCUCUGUCUGGGUAUAUGGGUUUGGGAUCUGCUGGUUGGAAUAAUUUUGGUGGACUCUGGGGCAGAGGGGCUGCCCCCAGUUGUCGGGGAUGACCAA